AUGCAAGCGGUGAGCCUGCGGCCCCCACGCUGCCCUGCCGCCACAUGUGGUGCCUCUCUGUGUGGACUCGAAAGCUGGCUCUUGGUGGUUGCCUUCUUGGAAAGCUGCGAAGCUCUAAGCAAGGACUCCGCCGCCUUGGCUUCCGCCUCCAGCACCCUGGCGCGCACGCUGGGCGAUGAGGCGGCCUGGCGGGAGGCCGUCUUAGAAAGGGCCAGGUGCGCAGGUGCCGAAGAGCUGCGCUUCGAGGGAACCUGGCGACGUACUUUUCUGUGCAUUCACCAACGGGAAGCAGGCUGCUCGGCGACGACGCUCCAGUGGAGUUGUCGCUGUGGAGUGCUGUGGAGCUGUGCACCGCGGAAAAGAGCUGACCCAAAGGUCCUGAAGAAGGUGCGGAACUGGAUUGAGGGUGUGUCAGCUUGGGUGUGUCCUGAGCAGCCGUGCCAUUUCCAAGAGGUGCAGCUGGGCCACUUCUUCGCAGGAUGGCCAGGUGCCUGGACGCCGUGGCGCCUGCGCAAGACCUUCGGCCCCCGACGCUUCCGCGUGGCGCUGCCCGGCGCCGGCGAGGUCUAUCGGAUGGAGCUGGACCACUUUCUCCGCUAUGCCUUCGAAUCCUCGAUCAGCGAUUCCCAGCCGCCCCGCUGGGACGCCGAACCCUUGUAUCUCUUUGAUCCCAAGCCACCCUUGGCAUUGCGCCCCCUGCGGCAGCCCCAGCUCUCCACUCAGCUGGACCUGGCGCGGGAGAGAGGGUGCCCCGUCGCUGAAGCCUUGCGGAAGCUGGUCCGGGGAUGGCUGCUGAUUGGAGGCCCCGGCAGUGGGAGCCGUUUCCACGUGGACGCCUUCGGGACUGGAGCCUGGAGCGCCACGCUCUGCGGCGCCAAGCGCUGGGCACUCUAUCCGCCUGGCCGGCGGCCACCAGGGCUUCUUGACAUGGGUCCUGGACGCUUUGCCGCCCCCGCGCCGAUCUUCUGGUUUUCCGAGGUCCUGCCGCAGCUGAAGAGCCACGAACGACCCAUGGAGCUGGUGACCAAGGCAGGAGACCUGCUGUACAUCCCCCCCAACUGGUGGCAUUCGGUGCUGAAUCUCACCGUCACCGUGGCCUUCACCCGCAACGUGGCUUACGGCGAUCUGGCAGCUGAUCCGCUGCUUGGCUCACUCGCGGAAGCAAAAAGGAGUGGCCGUCACCGGUGCAAGAGCUCUGCAUACUUCCGGGAUCGCAAGGAUGCCAGCCGGGUGGUCCGGUAUCAGUCCUCCUGGCGAAGUUUCCGGAGAUCGGACGUCCCUCCCACCGAUCCUGGCGUGGUGCACAUGGCGUGGUCGGUGAUGCCUGAGAGCGGCGGUGCGGAGGGUUCCGGCCGGUGGCCGAAGCGGUGGCCGAACGGAGGUGCGGAGGAAAAGGUCUCCAUCCGACAAAUUGGGCAGGCGGUUCUGGCCUCCGGAGAGAAGGGGCAGGCACUCACCGUCGAGCGACAGGAAGCGCAAGCGACUGUCCUGACGAGUUGCUUGCCCUACUUGAUCAUCAUAUGCCUUAGUUCAUACGUGGUCGGUUUCGUGGCGAUCUUGGUCAUGGAUACAUGCUGGACACGUGUCAUCGAGUUGGACUACGGAGCUUUGGGCAUGAAUGUCGUCACCUUCAUUGGCAUCUUCAAAAAGGUCAUGAGUGACGCCAAGUUUCGUUCGAAGAUCUCUGACCAGCACUUGGCCCUGAUCUUCUACUUGCCUUGGAUUUGCAUCACUGCUCUUCAAAACUGGGGAUAUCGAUGUGGCCACGAGCUGUCUGAUGGAUACUUCUCUACAAGAUUGGUCUAUUUUAGCUUCAGGACCUUGAUGUCGAUUCCUUUGAUGUGCCCGCUCGAGUGUGCUUUCGGUGAAUUUAUUUGCUCGUGUAUUGUAACAAGUCAGACUGUUACUAUGGCCACCGUCUCCGAUAUCGCGAGUCCUGCGAGCAGACUAGGACUAGUGGGACUGGAGAUGUUCUUUCUUUGUUUGGUGGGUCUCGGUGCUUCUGCAUCCGCUCAGAGCUUGGUCGCCUGGAGUUUGACGAAUGCCAAAAGGGCCGAGGAGGCCAUGAGUGCCUUGGCAGCGGCGCGACAAGACCUCCUUGAGACUUGGCGACAACAGGUUGACCAGCCGCUGAUGGACCCUCGGCCGGGUGACCAGCUCUUCUACGACCUCAUGGCGACAACCCACCUGAAGGGUCAGAAUGGGCUGAGACAGAAGCGUGCGGCCAAGCCCAAGAUGCUCAUUGGAACGGGCCAAAGUUUGGAGCCCGACACCAUCAAGGACGUGCUCCUCUUCUUAAUGGCCAGAACAUAA